AACAGCAAUGAGGCUUGUCAUCCGCGGAUUCCUCCCCCCCAAGAUUCACUGCUCAUAGCCCCGUCCAUGGCCUCCGGCGUCAUUCGUGGUGGGUUACCGUGGGGCACUUCGAUAAUCUUUUACAACACGAACAUGGAAGUGGUCUUUCAUCAAGGUCUGUCGCCCAGAAUAGAGAACGCACAAACCUUGCAAGUCGUACUCCUAGCAUCUUGGUUAAAGUUCUACGGCUUGGAGGAAGACCUCACUGUUGCACUGGUCAGGGGGGUAUACCACACCGGGCAGAUUCCGGCCGUUCUGCCCGGAGUGAUCCGCAUGCGCUACGUCUUGGACGAUGACAGCUUUGGCACAGGGCCGCCCCUCCAUUUAGAUGAUCUAGCUGCCGUCGAGUUGGUGAUUGAGAGAGUCCUAUACAACGUAUUCGGUUCUUGAUUUUGGAUUCGUAUAUACUUCUUGUUGCAUGCAGAUCGAAGAGUACGUUUGUGUGUUUCAUAGAGUUUCUACA